CGAUAGCUUUUAGCUGUCUGCAUUGAUGCCCGUUAAAAAAAAAAAAACAUACAUGUCUCGUAGUCUCAAUUUUCUCUCUACAUCGCACAAACCCACUAUUUCCUCCCUGCAAUUCGCCGAGCCCACGCGAACCCAACGCCUCUUUUCUCCCUAACGCCGAGCCCGCCUCUUCUCUUCUCUGAACCCAAACUCUUCUCUCACUAACGUCAAACCCGCCGAAGUGACGUCGAACCCGCCUCUUCUCUCCCUAAUGUUGAGGCCGCCUCUUCUCUGAACCUAAACCCAACGCCGAGCCCAGAUGUCUCAUCUCUGAGCUUGAAAUUGAUGGGUUUAAUAAGCAGUUGAGGAAGAUGAUAAAGAAAGAGGAGCCUAAGCCAUGGAAUGUGCCAGAAGUAUUGCGUCCACUAUACGAGUCAUCUACUGUUCUUGCUCAAAAGACAGCAAUGGUAGCAUUAAGGCAGCUAAGGCAGAUAGCCCAUGAGGUUUCUCGGUCUAAUGUCACUGGCUGGGGUAGACGUCCUGCUGCUCUAAGAGUACUGAGCCAAAGGCUAAGCAGGGGUUUUAAUGAGGCACUUAAUGGCUUUACUGAUGAGGGGUGGUCAAUGAUGGGAAACGAUGGCAUGGAUGAUGUUACUAUCCUUGUAAAUUCAUCUCCUGACAAACAAAUGGCCUUAAAUCUUUCUUUCGCAACUGAAUUUCCAGCUGUCAGCAAUGCAGUUUUAUGUGCUAAAGCCUCUAUGCUGUUACAGGCAUAGAAACUUCUCUUCAACCAGUGACAGAGAUAGAGAUAGGGACAGAGACAAAUACAAUCUCAGCCCCAAGCGUAGAAAGUUUUCUGGGAGGUGAGUUUAUUCAUGACAUUGUCUUUGCUUUAAUAUAUUUUCAUUGAUUAGUAUCCUCUCAUUGAGCUAUGUAUCUUUAUUCUCUGAAUUUGUAGUUUUGUAAGUUAGAUGGUCUAACAAUACUUGUAUGUAGAGAUUUGUAAGUCUAUUUUAUUAACAUAAAUAAGACAACCCUCGAAUUUUAGAUCCUCCGCACUAUGUGAUUAUCAAGUUUAUUACCCACAAAAUCUAUCAUAGCCUCUUUGGCACAAUAUGGUCGCCAUAUUGACAUCUCAUCAUGUUUAAUUUGACAAUUCAUUGAAACCAAAGUCAAUUGGAUCAAUAGAGAGCUGCAAUUUGUGCCAUUUUGUGUAGUGUUAUCAAAACAAGUGUGGCUGGGCCAAUCCACAAUUCAUGUGCGUACCAAAAUCUAAAUCAAUAAACUAAUAAAUCAGACUCUAAUUGAUUAUUUGAUCCUUAAUGUUCUAGCAAUAUGUUUUUUUUUUCGGUGUUGAAUAUACUGUUUAUAUAUAUGGGUAGUUUACACAUAGUAUAUUUGGUUUAUUAUAUACUGUUUAAAUCAUAAAAAAUAGUACUUCGAAUCUCCAAUCAUAUUUCAGUUUCUUGUUUGAAUAUUUGCUUGCUAAGUGUUUGAUAAAUUGUCUCUUUCAAUAUUCGGUUUUUAUAAGAGGUUUCUUAUAAUGGGUUUAUGAAUCCAAAGUAAUUAAGUGGUGUUGUUGAUGUUUCUGUGUAUUUCUUUUUUGUUGCUUUUAGUGAUUGAUUUUGAUGUUUCUUAUGCUAACUUCUUUUAUUUUUUAAUAUGAGUUUGGGUUGGGAAAGACUUAGUUUUUUUUUUAAUCCAUAGUGUUUGGUCUUGCUGAUAAGGAUGGUGUGAGUAUUUUAUUUUAUUUUUUAGUGGCUUAUGGUUGUUUGGGAGUGAGACAUUGUAGCAAAAGACUGUUUUGGUUUGUCUCUGUUUUUCACUACCGAGAUCAUUAUUUAUCUCUUUGGUGCGGUUAGAGUUUUCUUCUUGUUGCUUUCCUAGCUUUUUCUAAAUUUUGUUUGACCAAAAGUUUUGAUAUCUUUCUUUUUUAUUUAGGUUUCUUAUUUAUUUGAAUGUGAUGAUUUAUUUGCAAUAAGUUGUUUGAUUUAGUUCUGAAAGUUAGCUUUCUUAGCAUUAAUUUAGCAUUCAGAUGAAAUGGAAAUGAGGUUUGAUGGUUUGGUGAGCACUUCAAACCGUUCAAUCCGACUCAAAUCUUUUGUUAACCAUAUCUCUUUAAAAGCAUAGUGUCGCUUGCUUGAUUUGAGGUGCAAAACACUUGAUCUCAAGCUUCUCUUCAUUCAAGGGUUCACUUCAAAUUUAUCUGCGUAAGACAACUUUCUUACCAGUCAAAUUUGGAACUUUCUUUCUCUCUCAUUUGAUUUAAUAUUCAUUUCAAUGUAUACAACAUGUAUCCAUUUACCAAGCAUUUUUUUCUCAUAAUUUUAAAUAUUUUAUUACUGGUAUACUCAUGAGGAAAUAAUUAUUGAUUUUUGUUUGUUUGUUUGUAUAUGUCACGGGCGUAGCUAGCUAGAGCCUCAUUAUAUUGAACCAAUUAUUGAGGUAGAUGUCUAGUUUAAUGAAUUACCCUUUUAUCAAAAUAAAAAAGAAAAGCUAGAGCCUGAUAAUGAUUAUAUGUCUACUUAUUACUGUUUCGUUGACUUUUACUGAUUUGUUUCCAUAUACAUAUGUACUUAUUUGGCCACAUUAUAAUAUAGAUGUCAUUUUUUAUAUUGAUCAUCUCGUGAUGCUAGGAAUUUUCUUAUAUUUGAUUCUAAAUUCUUAUACCACGUCAUAAUAGAUUUAUAUUAACUUUCAAUUGGAAAAACAAAAUGUAUAUAAACUUUUAAUAUUACCAUUCAUACCUUAGUUAUAUUUUAUUUUCUCCUCUUUGUAUUAUUAUUUAAUUAUUUAAUUUAGAUUUGACUCACUUUCCUUAUAUAUUAUAACAUUGUAAAUGCCUGUAUGUGUUGAGACACAGUUCAAAGAAACUUUUUUUGCAACAGUUUACCAGAGGUAUGCCUCUAACUUUUAUUUUAAUACUAUGCAAAUGUUAGAGGAGUAUGAAUAUCUUAAAUAUUCAACCAUAGUGAAGUAGGUUUUGGGUUUGUUACUAUGUGUUGCGGUGAUAACGGAAGGUUGAGAACUUGUGUGUUUUAGUGAAGUAGGAUCUGAGAAAUUUGUGUACAGCGGAGAUAAAGAAGAAAACUUGUGUGUUGUUUGAAUUGAUAUUGACAGAUGGUUGGUUGCUAGUACGGGGAAAAUGUUGUUUGAUUUUAUGUAGACUUGUCUAUGAUUAUCCUAUAAUUGAAUUGUGUUUGUUUGAUUGGUUUGAUUAUAACAUAUACUUGUAUGAAUAUACUUAUUGCGUGUUGGCAUACACAUAUUGCAUAACUUUUUGUACUUGUUUUAUAUGUUAGUUUUCUUCUUGUCCCUUGUCUAAUUUCUUUGGUGAGGUAGGCAUACAAAGAAUCAUAAAUGCCCAUAAUAAGUCAUUAUUUUUUCUUUCUGAAAUCCUUACGAUGAUUAAAUUGAGGAUAUUCUAUUAUUAAAUUGGGAAUUUUGUUAUAUUGUAAUUCACAACAUCAUUGGUCUCCCAACCAUCUCAAACCUUGUCGACAUUCUUACAAGGUUGGUUUUUGUUUAAUAAUCUCUAAGAGGAUUAGUCAACUAAUUUUACAUAUUUAUAUUGUUGGUUCUCUCAUUCAUUUCUUAAUAUAUUAUGGUAGGAUAUACUAUUUAAUUAUAAUUUGAAGUCUUUAAUUCAUUGGUGCAGAGAAUAUCACAGGACUGACUUUUAAGGUGAAUGCCUAGAUUUAUUAGGAAGAAUAUUAAGAAAAGAAACAUGAUUGAGUUUCCAGUGAUUUGGAGAAGAGAAUUAUGUUGUCUUAUUGAGAUUUGUUGUAUUAUAUAUUUUGAAGUUUAUGAAUUUAUAAUAUUAUAAUGAAUUUUUAUUGAGAAUUA